AUGAUGUACGAAAGCACCACGCCGCAUGAUGAUCCCAAGAUAGUAGGGAAAAGUUCAUCUGAAGAUGACGCAUCCUGUCUUCCACUUCCAGCGAAAAAUCCACAGUUUGAAUUUUUAGAAGUGGCCAUGAAACAACACGAGACGAGAGUACAGCACAGGGAAGAGAAGAGCGGAGAUGACUCACCGUGGAAUAUGCUUUCUACUUUCCUUGGCGGUGCUGAUGAAAAUGCGAAUACGGACUUGAACCAACUCUAUCGGGAUGAGUUGGAGAACGGACGAGUGCGGCCGAUUCAGAAGGAGCAUCCAAAGAAAUCCGAAUUGGAGACCUUUAUGAGAAAAUUGUCGGAACUGUCCACAGACGAUCUGGAAGCGUUUGUGGAUGAGAAUUCUACUGGCCUGAAUGGUUUAUUGAGGGUAAACAAGGCAAAAGUGGGCAGUGACGUUGCCAGUGCAGCCAUCGGAGACGCUUCCGAAGAAGCUGCGUCACGCUCUCGAACCCGGAACACGGUCACGGCGGAAAGUGAUAGUGAUGGACUCGAUCCUGAUCAUCAUCUUCCGCAACAGGUAGAAAAUGAAUCUGAAUCUCACAGGUUUGGGGCGAAUCAACAACUGGAACUACAUAACGCCAAUAUCUAUACACACUCGUCUGAGCCACAACAUCGCAAAGGCAAGACCAUGUCCACUUCAAAAAGUAAGAAUCCAUCGGUGAAAACUCAAUCUAAACUACUCGCCAAAACGGUCGAGAAGAAAGAGCAAGAGCAGGUACGGUCAUCCUUCUUUGCCAGCUUGUUUUCUGAUAGAAGUAGCAGCAACCAAGAUUUGAACGAUGUCUAUCGCCAUGAGAUGCUCAUGCGCAAAGUGAGAUCCUCCAAAGUGAGAUCCUCCGACCCCCAUUUAUCGUUGUCCAUCAAGAUACAAGAUUCGAGCAUUGGCGCUGAUGCCCAAUAUGGAAACAAAGACGAGGAAAACGAUAGGGUUGAGGUUGCACCUGAUACUUAUUUUCUUGGUACCGCAACGACAGGAACAGAGGUAUCGCCAGUACCCGCUCCUCCAACACCUGACGGCCUCUUUUCGGGGGUCUUUUUUCGGCCAAGCUAUGUUGGUAGUCAUGAGGAUGAUGCAGCGGAAGCCUUGCAAAAUAAAGAUUUGGAUGAAUCUCCGGACUCCGAGUUCAUUCUUCAUUUGGUAUCGUAA